GUGAGUAGCUGCACGCUGACCUGCAUGCAGAUGAGGGGUAAUACCUGAACUCAGGGGCUCAGCAUCCAGCAGCACUCUCAGGCUGUUUUGAAGUUCAGUCCUAAACACAGCUCUGUACAGAGAGCAGCAGGCAGGAGAAUGACUCUGAGAGCCACGUCUCAUGGGGACCUUCAGGCCCUGUCCCUGUCCAAGCCUCCAUCUCUGGACAACGGCAUGUACAAGUCCUACUCGGUCAGCAGUAACAACAUGGGCAGCCGGUUUGGGAAGGACGGCCAGGAGGAUUCCAAGGAUCCGUUCAAGCGCUCGCAUCCACCUCGCAGGCCUGUGCGCGCGGUCAGACCGGUCAGCGCCCUCAGCAGCAGUGGGACAUUCCUACAGAUCAACCACCUGCAAGGAGAGCUGGUGCGCAAAAGGAAGGAAUGUGAGGAUCUGAAGAAGGAAAACAAGUAUUUAUCCAACGAGAUUCACAUGGAGAGAAUCAUGAUGAGAACAGAGAGUGAGCUCACCAUGAGGAACCUCAGGAACCUCAACCAAGAACUCCAGGCUCAAGUGAAAGAGCUGAAACAGAAGCUGCAUCUGAGCCAGCAGAGGGCAUCUCUGUGCUCCAGGGCAGCAGAGGAGGCAGAUAUGUUACGAGGGGAGGCUGAGAAGAGCCGGACCCUGGCAGAGGCUCGAGGUGUGGAGAGCAGGCAGGAGAGAGAUCUGGUACUGGCUGAGAAAGUAAGACUCAACGAGGACCUGCAGCAUCUCAGUAAAGAGCACACGAAUGCACAGCUGCUUCUGGCCCAGACAGAGAAGAGCUACUUUGAGACGAAGCUAAAGCUAGAGAGAGUGUCUGGAGAGAAACAGUUUCUGCUGGAGGAGAACAAGAGUCUGGAGAGUGAGAGAAUCACACUGCGGCACAGACUGAAGGAGCUGACGGAGGAGAAUGUAAAACUUAAAGAAAAGGAGGCAAGCUCCAGGCGCAGGGCUGCAGCAGCUGAGGAACAGAGUGAGAGAGCAGGGAAAGCGCAGCAGCAGGCUGAUCAGGAGCGCAGGCUGGCGGACAGAGAGAAGGAGGAGCGCAUCAGUGAGUGUCUGAACUGGAGGGAAAAACAUCAAGCACUGUCCGACAUCUUCAGAGCUCAGGAGGACCUGAAGUCUCAGAGGCAGAACAAAGCAUGUCAAGCAAACAUAAAGAGCUACUUCCUGUGUAUGACUGAAAGUGACCAGAGGGUUAAGAUCCUGAAGAAUCAGGACGGAAGUCCACGGAACUUCACAGAGGGAGAUCCAGUGUUCAUCUCAGCAGCUGAAGCAAACGGAGAAGAUUCAGAUAGAGGCUCAGGAAGAACCAUGCUGAGGGUGGCAGCCCCCAAAGCAGGACGAGAUAAUGGACCAGCUCACUUCAGUGAACUGUCACCGAUGGGAGGAGAUGCUCCUGACACCAGUUCUUUGAGGAAAAGUCGUAGAGUAGUGGAAUACUUCUGGAUCCCCACAGAUGAAGAAUAGGAUCAGAGAGAAGCCAAUACCUACCCCUUGGUACCUUUUAGAGCAGAGCAGAAAUGUAUGUUCUACAGAACCAACAUGAUUAUACUGCUCCAAUCAGACAUCAGUAAAUUUUAUGAUUUAAUAUCAGACGCUUUAAAAUAAUUCCCUCUAGCCUGGCACAUACUUAACAUAUUCAAGAAUGUAAUUUAUGACUGAUGUUUUGAAAUAGCUGACUUUAUACUUUAUACUAUCUCUAUACUUAAGACAAAGCUGGAUGAUGCAUUUCUCCAACAGAGAAAAUGUUAUGGUAUAUGCAGGAUUGUAAAUUAAGUCACACACAGGAUUAGGUGAUUAGGUGUUUCUUUACUUAAAAUGAAGCAACAGUGGUGUAGGAUACAGAGCACUAAAACAACCUUAUGACAUGAUUGUGAGCCAUUUAGAACCUUACAAGAAGACGGAUGCAGACACCUCCGAAAAGUAAAGAAAACUGAAGCGAAGCCAAUGCAACUCAAUUCUCGCAAAUAAAUUGAAACACUUGCCAAUAA